AUGGGAAAUGCACCGCUUCUCGGCACCGACGGAUCAACCCUUUUGACGGAGAAGUCCCAGAUUCUGAAGCGCCUGACCGAUCACUUCAGAAACGUUCACAACUUCUUCCGCAAUCUCCGACGUCGCCAUCGGCCGACUGAAGUGAAAAUCAACGUCGAUCUCGACCUCCCGCCCUCCCUUCCAGAAACCAUUCGCGCCGCGCAACAACUCCCCAACGGGAAAGCAUCAAGUUCCAACACAACCCCAAUCGAAAUUUACAAGCCCGGCGGCCAGUGCCUGAUGGAAAUAUUCACGACGUUCUUUCAGGAAAUGCAGCACUGUGGAAAAGUUCCACUGGACUUCAGGGGCCCAAACGUUCUAACCCUCUACAGGCGCAGAAGCAACUGA